CGAUCCUCUUACGAACAAACAUGGCUUGCAAGCUCAUAAUUGUCCUGGCAGUGGCAGCCGUGGCCAAUGGCGGAGUAGUGCCAGUGGCACCAGCCGCACCAGUGCUGGCUAAGCUUGAGGAUUUCGACUCGGUCCCGCAGUACAGCUUCGCCUACGACGUCCAAGACACUCUGACCGGUGAUUCCAAGGCGCAGUACGAGACGCGAAACGGAGACAUCGUCCAGGGCAGCUACUCUCUCAUCCAGCCCGACGGAGUUCGUCGCAUCGUCGACUACACGGCGGACCCCGUCAACGGGUUCAACGCCGUCGUCAGUAACGAACCGGCCCUGGCCGCCGUCGCUCUAGCCCCAGCCGCCGCCGCCUUCCCAGUUGCUCCUGCCGCCCCCGCCGCCCCCGUCGCUCCAGCCAUCCCAGCGUCGGGCCCAGACUCCGACGUCGAGGUCGUCGAGGCCCGUUCCGGGCCCCUCAGGAACGCUCCGUUGGCCAAGGACCCCGCCCCCAAGGCCUCCGCCCCCGCUCGACUCGUCGCCAGCGCCCCAGCCGCCCCCCUGGCCCCCGUCAGGGCCGCAGCAGCGCCCCUCAAGUACGCGGCCUACACGGCACAGGCCCCGGUGGUCGCUGCACCCCUCGCAAAAAUUUCUACCCUCAACUACGCGACCUACCCUGCCUACUCCGCCUACACCGCUGCCUACUCCUCACCCUUCGCCUACUCCGCCCCUGCCGCCGGUCUGACUUACGCCCCCGCCGCAUUGUGAGGUGUCAAAAGCCGGCCAGGGAAAUGGACGCACCGUUUUUUACCGCUGAUUUCAUAUUCGUUCACAUCCGUACGGUUCUUUCCGAAUUCUGUGAUCAAGUAAACCUGAGAAACUUAUCAUUAUUCAAGCAAUGUAGAACACAGUUCAAAUUCUUUCACGCAUACCAUUGACCUGCAAAUAUAUAUACUGGAAUGAUCGAAAAUUUUUGGCUAAAUGUGGUACUCGUGUUGCCAAAAAUGGUGCUUCUGUAAUCCCGACCCCUUGGAGAAAUGCUUGCUUGUAACCGGAAAGAAAAUUUUUAUAUCUUCGUUGCGAACGUGUCAGUCAAUCUAUUUGUUUUUUUUUUAUUUAUUUUUAUAAAUUGUAGCUUUAUUAUAUGCGAUUGAAAUUUAUUUAGCAUCGUGGAGUGAAGGAUAUUCGAAUUGUAGGUCAAACAAGUACGUCACAUGAAUUAUUUGAUAACUUUUCGACCCGAGUGUGUGGGUCCUUCUCGGAACGAUAUUACAUUUAUUAACAGUGUCAGGAACAGAUGGAAAAACGAACAUCGUCGUACAAAUAUUUUUUCAUAUCCAUA